GAGACUUGUGCCAAGGCAAGAUGCACCUGGAAAGGGAAGAAGGUUGUGGUACUCCUGCCUUUUAUGAUACAACAGACCCUAACAGAGAUCCUUCACAAGAGAUCAGUCAUUGCAUCCAGCUCUCCUUCCCAGGCCCCCAUGCUCUGGUGUUGGUAGUACAGUUGAGCUACUACUCUGAAGAGGACAAGAAGUCAGUGGAGAAAGUAGAGGAGAUAUUUGGAGAAGCAGCCCUGAAGCACACAAUUGUCUUAUUCACCCGGAAAGCAGAAUUGGCAGAUGACCCCUUGAGUGAAUACAUAGGAGCCUUAGGUAAAGCUGAUCUUCAGCAGCUCAUUCAAGCAUGUGGGAAUCAAUACUGUGCUUUCAGCAACAAAGCAGCAGGAGAAGACCGAGAUGCCCAGCUCAGCAAGCUUAUGGACAUGAUAGAGAGACUGAUGCAGGAGCAUGGAGGGCAAUGUUACAAGUUACAAUGUUCAGCUAGCUAA